AUGCCAAAGAAGAGAGCAUCCAACGGUAGAAACAAGAACGGUAGAGGUCACGUCAAGCCAGUCAGAUGUGUUAACUGUUCCAGAUGUGUUCCAAAGGAUAAGGCAAUCAAGAGAAUGACUGUCAGAAACAUGGUUGAAGCAGCAGCUGUCAGAGAUAUCUCUGAAGCUUCUGUUUACGACGAAUAUCCAAUCCCAAAGAUGUACAACAAGGUCCACUACUGUGUCUCUUGUGCAAUUCACUCCAGAAUUGUUAGAGUUAGAUCUAGAACUGACAGAAGAAUCAGAGCUCCACCAUCCAGACAAAGAUUCAACCAAAAUGCAAGAAGAGUCUCUCCUGGUGAUGCUGCAAAGAGAGCUUAA